GCGGCCGUCUCAAAGCGCAUUCUCGGCGGAUAUUUAACUCUUCUGUUUGAACUUUGAAGCUUGUUCGUUAACCUCCUUACGAAAGUGCCAAGGGGAAUCGCUGCUUGAUUGAACUAGCUACUUCAGUGAAUUAGCCAAGGUGAGAGACAACUAGGGUUUCAAGUAUUGGUCUGUGAUUUAGCCUAGUAAUUUUUCUUCUAUAGGGAUUGUACUGUUCACGCCGUGCUUGGAGAUUCUUUUUUUAGCUAGGGUUUUGAAUUGUAGGCGGCUCCUAUUUGAGAUUCAUUGUGAGGCUCGGGUUGGACUUGGUUUCAUCCUUUCUCAAGUUCACUCUUAUGUUAUAGUUGUUCGUCUGCUCUUUCGAAAUGGAUGGAAACUGUAUAAGUCUGUGGGGAUUAGUAUUUAACCUGUGUGGUUGCGGCUGAUAGUAUUUGAGCGAUAGAUUUCUUUAGUGUUUAUUUGUUUGCAAUGCAGGUAGAGAAAUCCAACAGGCUAUUAGAGUUUUGGGAUCUGUUUACGUAAAGAUUGGUUAUACGGGAGUUUAAAUAAGCUGUUUCAAACAAAUGCACUGGUUCAUGCUGAUCGAACCACUCUUUUUCUCCAGCAUGGCGUACGGUCUGCUUCUCAGAGCAUAGGAUAUAAUUCUAGCUCUGGCAUUCUGGUUAUAUUGUUCUUCAGCUGAAUUGGUCUCUAUUUGAAUCAGGAUUCUGGAAGUUGGGAAGCAAAGGAGGGCAGGAUGGCCGAUGAAGGAUUGAGCCAGCGGAUAAAAGAGGACAAUCCUCAGUUAGCAUCAGUACUAAAAGAAAUGAAAGGAGGGUUGGAUUUGGUGAGAAGUAAAGUUGAAAGCUUGACUGCUAAGGUAAAAGCUAAUAAUUAUCCUACAGCUGAUGGGAUAAGCUGCCUAGAGGCUAAAAAUUUGUUGCUUCUUAACUAUUGCCAAUCGCUGGUGUACUACAUACUUCGUAAGGCAAAGGGUUUGUCAGUUGACAAUCACCCUGUUGUUCAAAAGCUUGUCGAGACGAGGUUGUUUUUGGAGAAGAUACGACCAAUUGACAAAAAACUUGAAUAUCAAAUUCAAAAGCUCACAAAGGGUGCUUCACAGCCUGUGGAUCAAGUAAAUGUCAAUAGCAAUACAGAUGCUCCUAGGAAUUCUGAGGAUCUUUUGAAGUAUCGUCCCAACCCAGAUAUGCUUAAUAAUAAAUCUGUGGUCGCCUCUGGGGAUGCUGUUGGUGUAUAUCAGCCACCAAAAUUGGUCCCAGUAGAAAUGGAAGGUGGCAGAAUAUCGAGGGAAAAAAGGAAUGAAGUGAGAAAAGAGAAAGAGAUGGUUAGACGGUCAAGACUGGGCUUCCAAAAAGAUUUGUUUGAUGACUUGCAGGGGAAGCAUGAAGAGGUUAAAGAAUCCUUUGGAAACGAGAGUAGGGAGUUUGAAAAAUAUCAGAGACACUGGGAAGCACGUGAGAAAGAGGAAGAAGACCAAUUCUUCCGUGCGCCUAUCACAAAGAAGGAGAAGAAAGAGUUGAGGAAUUUAAAGAGGUCAAGAGGCGGGUUGGAUGGUUUGACUGAUGGUUUCGAUAUCAAAUUCUUACCAUUGGAUGAUGGUGCUGGUGAACAACAGAAAGCUAGAAAUGACAGUGUUGGAAUUAGGAAGCAUAAGAAACACAAGAGGAGGCAUUGAGCACAAGAAAAGCUGAGAUCCCCAGGCCAGUGUUGUGCUACGUUUGUAAGAACAAUUCACAUCUGGCGAAUGUUUAUAGGGCAAGUGACUUGGGGAAGGGAGUUGUAAUGCUAAGCAGAGUCCUAUUUUUGCAGAUGGGCAUACUUGAACCUGGGAGCUGGGAAGCUCAUUUCUGGUUCUUAUAAUUUUGCAAGUUCAAGGCCAGGCCAAAAGGAAAAGCGUGCAGUCAAUUGCGUUAACUUACCAUCAUUAAACCAAUCUGUAAUCCAGUUUUGUGAGUGAGAGUUUCAAAUUCAAUGCAAAAAUUUAAAUUUUAGUUUAUCAUAUUUAAUUUGGUUACCUACCAGCUCGUAACUGCCCUGCUAACCCUUCAGUGGUUAGUAUCGUGCUAAUGAUGAGUUGAACUAGUCGGCGUUGGGGUUACAAUUAUAAAAAAAUUACUACAGUUGCAAAAACCAUGACAUGUUUUUAUGCUUGAAAAAAAUCGAAAAUGCACUCAUUCUCUACCGUGUGUAGCUUUUUUCUUUUAAGAGAAAUUUUCAGUCCAUAUAUAGUAUCAAUGUACAAGGUAGACAUAUUACAAAAGAAUUGAGAAAUAAAAUCAAUGAUCUGAAUCCAAAGAUAAAGCUUUGUCUGGAGAUUGUAGGACAUUAACCACCACUUGGUAGCCAGAGAAGAUGAUAGCUCUAGGCACGCGUUCUCGGCAAAAUACAAACACGUCAAUAAGUCUUUAAUAAUUUUAUCGGCUGCCUACGUACCCGUUAGACGGGAUCAAAGUCCACGUAGUUCGUUGGGAACUUUGAUAAUUUUAAUUAUAACUUUUACUACAUUCCACUGAACGUAAUUUUUGUAUUGAAGAUUUUGUUAAUAAAAUUUACAUAGAUUAUUAUGAGGUCAUGACAAUAAAUACAAGGAUUUUAGUUAUUAGGAAGUAUUUUGAUGUAUUAGAAAAGAAACAAGAUAAACUUAAUUCGCAUUC